AUGUCUCGCCGAGGCAAAGGUACCAACCAUGUGUGGACUGCUGAAGAGGAUGCGAAACUCAUUGAAUGUAUGCUUGAGUUAAAGCAAGGUGGGAGAUUUAAUGGUGAAAAUGGAAAUGGGCUGAGAAAGGGAUAUCAGGAAGAGCUAGAGAGGAUGUUAAGGGAGAAACUACCUGAACAUGGUUUGAAAGAGAAGCCACAUAUUGAAUCUCGUUGCAAGACAAUGAAGAAACAAUAUUAUAUGAUUUAUGAAGUUCGAAAUAAUGGACAACUAAGUGGUUUUGGUUGGGAUGACCAAAAGAAAUGUGUGACAGCAAGUGCAGAUGUAUGGGAUGACUAUUUGCGGGCUAAUCCUGAAUGCACAUUCAUGAGAAAUAAGUCUUUUGUUUAUUAUGAUGAAUUGACAAUUAUAUGGGGUCAGGAUAGAGCUAAUGGGAAUAAUGCAGAAGCUCCUGCAGAUAUGGUUGAAGAAAUAGUUAGAGAGGAAAAUGUUGAUCAAGAAGAUGGUGAGGAAUCUGAUGGUGACGAUGACCCCAAUACACUGGCAGCCAAUCCUGGAGGCGACGGAACUUCCAAAAAUCCAGAACGUAAGAGAAGAAGAAGUGCAGAUAGUUUAAUUUUGAGUUUAGAGCAUUUGACUAAUGCCCUCACAACUCAAAUGCAAAAAUCUGAUGAGCAAAUGCUUAAAGUGGCAGAAAAUUUUGCCGGAGGAGGUAAUCAGAAUGUGGACAAUCGUCACAAACUAAAUGAAGAGCUGCAAAAAGUGGAUGUGCUGACAGCAGUAGAGAAACAACGAGCUGCUAUGAAACUUGUUCAUGAUCCAAAUUUGUUGGACUACUUUUUUACUCUUAGCACUGAUGAGAAGGAGAUUUUUCUGGUUGAGCUUCUGGUUUAA